GCUACUAGCUAUGAGGUGAAGAUCAUAUCAACAUAACCAUCAACGAUCUACCAUGGCUAGUACGAGCAACAAAGGCAAAGGCAUAGCAGAAGGAUCGUCUCAACCGCAACCGCAACCACAACCACACCAACCGCAAUCACCUCCUAACCCGCCAGCGUUAAGCCGGUACGAGUCACAGAAAAGGCGAGACUGGAACACGUUUUGUCAAUACCUGCGUAACCAACAGCCACCGGUUCACAUCUCGCAGUGUGGCUCAAACCACAUCCUCGAUUUCCUCCAAUAUCUCGACCAAUUCGGGAAGACAAAGGUUCAUAUCCAUGGAUGCGUUUUCUUCGGACAGGUUGAGCCAGCGGGACAGUGUAACUGUCCUUUGAAACAAGCGUGGGGGAGUUUAGAUGCUUUGAUCGGACGGCUAAGAGCGGCUUUCGAGGAGAACGGAGGGUUGCCGGAGAGAAACCCUUUUGCCGGCGGCGGAAUUAGGGUUUUUCUGAGGGAAGUGAGAGAUUCACAGGCGAAGGCAAGAGGAGUUCCGUACAAGAAAAGGAAGAAGAGAAAGAAGAGGAAUCCAAUGAAGAGUCAUGAUGGUGAAGAUGGUACUACGGGAACUAGUAGUAGCUCCAACUUGCCUUCUUAGCGGAAGCAAACAAAAUAUUAAUAAAACAACAGUGGGGUU